UUUAGUUCAGUUAAAACCCCAGAGGGCACUAGAUGAAUGUAUCUUUCAUAUUAAACCAGGGCUGAAACACAAUCUCUUUUGUACAUCAGACUUUUAAUGAAAGUCACCAGCGGCACAGAGCCAUAAAAUCAUUCUCCAAUCAGAAAGAGGAUGGACUGGAAGAGUUAAUGGGCUGACCCAUAAAAUCAAUCCCUCGUCCACAAAGCUUCAUCUAGAUCAGAACAAAAAAGUAGAGCUUUUUAAUAAAAGUUGAGGACACCAUAUCCAUGGCAGACCAAAUAAGGUUCCUUUAAAUGAAGGAAAAUAGAUCAUUGCUGAAAUAAUUAAUCUGCCUGAUUUGUUUCUCUUCAUUGGAUGGAAAGAAAGGAGCAAUAUAAAGCUUAUCUACAUUAACGUUAUUUGGUAUCAUACCAAGUUUUCCCAGAAGAAUUAAAAGGAGUGGAUUUCCUUGAAGACCUCUUUCUUUGCAGCUCUGCAAACCCUGCCAGAUCAGGACUGAAGAGCAGAUGGUAGACAUUCAUUUGGUCAAGCUCUUCUGCAUGGACAUGCAAUGAUUCAAGAAGGUCCACCAGCAUUCAGUGAAUGAGCUUCCACCACCAGAUCCAGGAUCUUUGUGGAGUAGAUAGUGGACACGUUCUCAGAGGAAGAAGAUAUAAACUUUGCAGUAAAAGCAGCGUAGAACGUUAUUACUGAUAACUGAAAAAGAUCUGUAGCAGGACAGGUUUGGUGAGGACAGAAGCAUACAUUGAUUUUUCUCCCUUCAUCUACAUUUGCAAAUAAUAAGAAAAAAAAAACUCGCCGGCUCUUAUGGGAAUCAAACACUCCUCCCGCUGCCUGCUCCUUAGGAGGAAGAUGGCGGAAGCAGAAAAUAUCGAGGUUUGUCCUUCCCAGCCUAUCCAACCAGUGGUAAUUCCGAAACCAAUUCAGUCAGUUCCGCAUGUUAUACAUACGCCAAUUCAACCAGGUUGCCCUGGUAGAGGCAAAAUGGCAAAAUUGUUAAAUCCAGAAGAGAUGACAUCACGGGAUUACUACUUUGAUUCCUAUGCUCAUUUUGGGAUUCACGAGGAAAUGUUGAAAGAUGAAGUUCGUACUCUAACAUAUCGGAACUCCAUGUAUCACAAUAAACACGUCUUUAAGGACAAAGUUGUUCUAGAUGUUGGCAGUGGUACUGGAAUCCUCUCUAUGUUUGCAGCUAAAGCAGGCGCAAGAAAAGUAUAUGGGAUUGAAUGUUCCAGUGUGUCAGACUACUCUGAAAAAAUUAUCAAGGCAAACCACUUGGACAACAUCAUUACAAUAUUUAGAGGUAAAGUAGAGGAAGUCGAAUUACCAGUGGACAAGGUGGACAUCAUAAUCACUGAAUGGAUGGGCUACUGUCUGUUCUACGAGUCAAUGCUUAACACUGUCAUAUUUGCUCGAGAUAAAUGGCUGAAACCUGGAGGGCUGAUGUUUCCUGAUCGAGCGGCUUUGUAUGUCGUUGCAAUUGAAGAUAGACAAUACAAGGACUUCAAGAUUCAUUGGUGGGAAAAUGUGUAUGGCUUUGACAUGACGUGUAUCCGGGAUGUUGCCAUGAAGGAGCCGCUGGUGGACAUUGUAGACCCAAAGCAAGUCGUGACCAAUUCCUGUUUGAUAAAGGAAAUCGACAUAUACACUGUAAAGCAGGAAGAAUUAGAAUUCACAUCAGCAUUCUGCCUUCAGGUCCAACGAAAUGAUUAUAUUCACGCAUUAGUUACAUAUUUCAACAUUGAGUUUACAAAAUGCCAUAAGAAGACAGGCUUUUCUACAGCCCCUGAUGCCCCAUACACACACUGGAAACAAACGGUCUUCUACCUAGAGGAUUACUUAACUGUACGGAGAGGAGAAGAACUUUUUGGAACAAUUUCUAUGAAACCAAAUGCAAACAACAUUCGAGAUCUGGAUUUCACAGUAGAAUUGGAUUUCAAGGGCCAGCUAUGUGAAGCUUCUAUGUCUCAUGACUACAAAAUGCGUUAAGAAGACAGCACGCAACGCUUUAUUAGCCCUCUCUACCUGGUAUACUUGAAGUCAACAGUUCUCCCCCCAGGACUGCAAAUUGGUCGCUUAGAAAGUCAAUUCAGAAUGCUGGUAAUUAGUAGUGCUGGUAAAAUAAGGAAGAGAUUAAAUGAAUUCAUUAAAAUUUACUCUGAAAUAUUUACG